UGCCCGGUUUCGCUGCGUAUUUAAAACUGAUUCUCUCCCUCGAGGAUCUUGAACAAGCUCCCAGCUCCUCUCUGCUUCCCUCUCUGUCCUCAACCCUCCUCGAUCCCGUUUGUUUGUUCAAGUCGUCUUCUGUGCUGUCAUACCGACUCCCUCUCAAAGCUAAUUCCUUCCCUCCCUUCUCCUUCCCUCCGUUUCUCCUUCCCUCCUACCGGGGCCAACGCAAGCAAACCACCAUCAACAAUGGCUUCUUCGAACCUCUCGUUCGUCCUCAAUAAGCCCAACGAUGUCAGCUUCGAGGAGCGGCCCGUGCCCAAGCUGCAGAACCCGCACGAUGUCCUGGUCGCCGUCAACUACACGGGCAUCUGCGGCUCCGAUGUGCACUACUGGCAGCACGGCGCCAUCGGCCACUUCGUCGUCAAGGACCCCAUGGUGCUGGGCCACGAGUCGGCCGGCACCGUCGUCGAGGUCGGCUCCGCCGUCAAGACGCUCAAGAAGGGCGACCGCAUCGCCCUCGAGCCCGGCUACCCCUGCCGCCGCUGCCCCGCCUGCCUCUCGGGCCACUACAACCUCUGUCCGGACAUGGUCUUCGCUGCCACCCCGCCCUACGACGGCACCCUGACCGGCUUCUGGGUCGCCCCCGUCGACUUCUGCUACAAGCUGCCCGACAACGUGUCCACCCAGGAGGGCGCCCUGAUCGAGCCCCUCGCCGUCGCCGUCCACAUCGUCAAGCAGGCGCGCGUCCAGCCCGGCCAGAGCGUCGUCGUCAUGGGCGCCGGGCCCGUCGGCCUGCUCUGCGCCGCCGUCGCCCGCUCCUUCGGCGCCACCAAGGUCGUCUCGGUCGACAUUGUCCAGUCCAAGCUCGACUUUGCCCGCUCCUACGCCGCCACCCACACGUACGCCUCCCAGCGCGUCUCGCCCGAGGAGAACGCGCGCAAGCUGCUGGCCGUCGCCGACCUGCCCGACGGCGCCGACGCCGUCAUCGACGCCUCGGGCGCCGAGCCCUCCAUCCAGACCUCCCUGCACGUCGUCCGCAUGGGCGGCACCUACGUCCAGGGCGGCAUGGGCAAGUCCGACAUCACCUUCCCCAUCAUGGCCCUCUGCCUCAAGGAGGUCACCGCCCGCGGCUCCUUCCGCUACGGCAGCGGCGACUACAAGCUCGCCAUCGACCUCGUCGCCUCGGGCAAGGUCGACGUCAAGGCCCUCAUCAACGGCGUCGUCCCCUUCCGCGACGCCGAGCAGGCCUUCAAGAAGGUCAAGGAGGGCCAGGUCAUCAAGAUCCUCAUCGCCGGCCCCAACGAGAAGGUCGACAAGGCCAUCGACACCACCGUCGACGAGAACAAGCUCAAGGCCGCCCCGGUCACCGGCAGCACCGGCUGCUGCUGAGCAUUUUUUUUUUUCCCCAAAAAAAAAAAUUCUUCGUUAACCUUUUUAUACUUUGGUUGCAUCUCGUGGCGUUCAACGGUGUGCAUGCAUGGUGAUCGGUCGGUUUAUAUGGAUGAUCUAUUAGGCGUCUAUGCGGGGGGGGGGG